UUCCGGUAGAUUGAUACCACCAGCUAUAUUGUAUCAGUAACAACAGAAGAGGCUCGCAAACGAAAGGGGAUCUAGCUACUGUAGCUAGAAAGAAUCGAAACCCACCCGACCAGUCUUUGACAGGGACAGCCAUGGUCAAGAUCACUUUCCAGUCCGUCGCGGGACAGAAAGCCGAGAAAGAGCAGAAUGAUGGCGACAAGACCGAUAUUCUCAUAACCCAUCCAAUGGAGGAUGAGGAGGAGCUGGUUCUGCCUCUGCGCUCAGGGAGAUCUCCUCUGAAUGGCCUAUGCUGCCUGACCUUUGGCCUGGUGGUCUUCAUGUCUGGUCUGGUGUUGGCCUCCAUCUAUGUCUACCGCUACUACUUCAUACCCCAGAUCCCAGAGGAGAGUCUGUUCCACUGCAGGGUUCGUUAUGAGGACUCUGUGUACGCCCCUCUGAGAGGCAGACAGGAGCUGGAGGAGAACGUGGGCAUCUACCUGGAAGACAACUAUGAGCAGAUCAGCGUGCCUGUGCCCCACUUUGGAGGAAGCGACCCUGCUGACAUCAUCCACGACUUUCACAGGGGACUGACUGCCUACCAUGACAUCGCUCUGGACAAAUGCUAUGUCAUCGAGCUCAACACCACCAUCGUUAUGCCCCCACGGAACCUCUGGGAACUGCUGGUCAAUGUUAAGAAGGGGACAUACCUGCCCCAGACCUACAUUAUCCAGGAGGAGAUGUUUGUGACAGGGAAGGUUCACAACAUGCGCCAGCUGGGGCCCUUCAUCUACCGCCUGUGUAACGGCAAGGACACAUACCGCCUGAAACGCCGCGCCCGCAGACGCAUCAACAAACGGGAAGUGGCGAACUGCCAUCGCAUCCGCCACUUUGAGAACACGUUUGUGGUUGAGACAGUCAUCUGUGAUGGAGUGUAAACUGUUACCUCAGCAUGACCUUCUGGCACGACACCCUAAGGCAUAGCCACCUCUCCAGCCACUGUAGCGCAUCCCUGUGUAGAUACUUAGAAUGACCUUUCAGUUGCACUUUAACUAUGGUUUUGUCACUUUUUCCAUAUGUUUAACUCUUCUUUAUAAACUAUAUUAGGAAUUGUCA